AUGCUUAAGGACAAUAAGAUCAAUAAGGUUAAACUGUUUGAUUCGGAUAAUUGGACCGUCAAAUACUUUGCCGGAACUGGCAUGGAAGUCAUGCUUGGUAUCCCAAAUAGCCAAUUGAAUCGAUUUAGCGACGAUUAUGACAAUGCCAAGGACUGGAAGGACAAUGUCACCAAACAUUUGCAUGAUGGUGGUGUCAAUAUAAAGUACGUGGCUGUUGGCAAUGAGCCAUUCUUGAAAUCUUACAAUGGCUCACAUCUGAAAACUACCUUCCCAGCAUUAAAAAACAUUCAGAAAGCUCUUGAUGCAGCUGGUGUUGGAGACAAAAUCAAAGCAACCAUCCCCCAAAAUGCGGAUGUCUACGACUCUGGUUCACAAGGCCCAUCUGCCGGUGAUUUCCGAUCGGACAUAAGGGACCUUAUGAUCGAUAUAGUUCAAUUUAUCAAAGACAACAAUGCCCCAUUUGUCGUCAACAUAUACCCCUUUCUCAGUCUGUACGGCAAUCCUGAUUUUCCUGUCGAGUUUGCUUUCUUUGACGGUGGUGCAGAACCUGUCAAUGACAAAGGUACUCAAUACACAAACAUGUUUGAUGCAAAUCUUGAUACAUUAUUUUGGUCACUCAAGAAGGCUGGUGCACCGAACGUGAAGACCAUCCAGUGGUGCGUGUUAAACAGUGACAUAAAGAACAUGAGCCUGGUGCCUGAAAAUGUUAACUAUGCCUGCUCAUUGUCCGAUUGCACAAGCUUGAUAUACGGAUCAACGUGCAAUAAACUGGAUGUUCGUGGGAAUGUCUCGUACGCAUUCAAUAUGUAUUUCCAGAUGAAUAAUCAGGACGUCGAGGCAUGCGAUUUUCAGGGUCUGGCCAAGAUUGUGACUCGAAAUGCCUCACAAGGGGACUGCCUCUUCCCUAUACAGAUUGUAAGUGAUGGAAGGAGACUUACCAUGGUAACUAGAGUGAGUGUUCUUGCAGGAUUGUUGACCUUAUUAGCAUUGUUUUAG